AUGGGCACCCGGUUGCGCCCCAUCACUUCGUCCCUCCCCAAAUGUCUGGUCCCGGUCAAUUCUAAACCCAUUCUGGAGCAUCAGUUAGAGGCACUGUUGACGGCAGGUGUCCGAGACGUAAUCCUAGUGGUGGGUUAUCUUUCAGAAUUAGUGUCUGACAGGUACGGGACUAUGUACGGUGGCAUGAACAUACACUACGUUCAGAAUCAUUUCUAUGACUGCACUAACAACAUCUACUCCCUGUGGCUUGCACGACAACACCUAGAUAGCCAGGUGCUCUUGCUGGAAGGGGACCUGGUUUUCGAUCCCGAGUUGUUACAGAGACUAGCUCAAGCUCCUGAACGGGACGUUGCUAUCGUCGAAAGAUUUCAGCCUUACAUGGAUGGAACGGUUAUCCAGGCCAAUGGCCCUCGGGCUGGCAGGAUGGUCCUAAAAACGCACCAAGGGAAUGCUUUCGACUACUCAUCCGUCCUCAAGACAGUAAAUAUUUAUAAAUUCUCCCAAGAGGUUUUACAGUAUAAGAUAGUUCCCCGGCUGGAAUCCCAUGUGGCGCAGCAGCGGUACGACCAAUAUUAUGAGGCGGUCUUCUCCGACCUGAUUUCUCAAGGCUCCCUGCGCUUGGCUAUUCUUUGCGCCGCACCCAAUAAGUGGGCGGAGAUUGAUACUUUGGAAGACCUCCAAACAGCCGAAAGAAUUUUCGCGGCAGAGACUCUGGAUCCCGGGAAGGCUCCAAGUUAA